AUGCAGCGGCACUCUGUAGCCUCGCCAUCUCCUGCUGGCCUUGCAGCAGCGGAAGCAGCAGCAUCAGCAGCAGCAGCAGAAGCAGCAGCAAGAGCAGCAAGACAUUCCCUAUCUUCGUUUUCUAGCUCUCGGGCUGUGUCUGCAGAAGGCUGGCAGAGCCAUUCUCCAGCAGCAACAGCAGCAACAACAGCAGCAGCAGCAAAAGAUGUGAUAGAUGUCUCAGAGGUGCUGUCACCUGAGACGCAGCAGCAAAACCUAAAAGAGCUGCAGCACGCGCAGCACAUCAGCGCUGUUGUCAAUGUAGCAGCUGGUCUCCAGCAGGAGCAGCAGCAGCAGGGUGGGGGUUUGUGGGGGAGCUUCGGCGUCGGCAGCAGCAGCACAUCAGCAGCAGACAUCAGCAGCAGCAGCAGCAGCUUUGCGCCGUUGCUGCUGCUGGGAGGAGAGCAGCAGCAGCAGCAGCGAAGCAGAUCUGCUGAAUUCGAGCCAUUCUUCGCCUCCCUGGGUGAAGAUCUGGUUCGCUUUGAACGCAGCAGUUCCAUCAACAACCGCAGCAGCAGCAGCAGCAGCUGCAGCAGCAGCACCGGAGGGCUUGACUGUGGACGCAGCAGUUCUGCGUUUGAUUUGCUGCUGACGCGGGGCGGCGCGUCUCUGCAGCUUUAUGAGGAGCAAGAGGGGGCGGAGCAGCAGCAGCAGCUGCAGCAGGUGCAGCAGCAGCAGCAGCUGCUGCUGCAGCAGCUGAUGCAGGAAAUACCUUCAGUUUUUUUCAGUGCCUCAUUUGACGUCUCGCAGUUUCUGUCGAUGGACUCUCACCAGCUCUCUGGACAGCUCGAGAAAAUAUCGGACUGGCUGGACAAGGUGGAGUCGGGCUUGGUGUCUCACUUUCCCCCUUUUGCUUUUUUUGAGUCUUCAAUUCAAAAUAUAAAUCGGCUGCAGCAGCAGACGCAGCACCUUAUUGCUGCUUGCAAGCAGCUCAGGUCAGCCAGCAGCAGCAGCAGCAGCAGCAGCAGCAGAAGCAGCAGCGGGGGGGCGGGUGCUGAGCUGCUGCUGCAGUGCCUGCUAUGGGGUUUGCUGCAGAGAGGACCUGCAGCAGAUGAGGGCUCGCGGCAUAGAGUUAGGGCUGAAGGUUCUGUCUCUAUCAAAGCGGCGGCAGCAGCUGUGUGGGGUUUACCGGGAACUGGAGUCGCUGCAGUCCCUGGGGGCCCUUUGCUCUUCAGUGCCGCUGCUGCUGCAGCUGCAGGACUGGCGCACUGCAGCACUGCUGCUGCACAGCGUCGAGGAGCUGCUGUGUCCGGAUUUGCUGCGGCUGCCUGCUGCUAG